GCAGACGGUGUCUGGGUGUCCUCCGAUGGAUGGAGAUCAGCGGCCGCUUCCGCUAUUACUUCCAGCACCCCUGGUCUCGUCUGCUCGUGGCUUACCUGGUCACCUUCUUCAACUUCCUGAUCUUCGCCGAGGACCCGGUGUCUCACAGCCAGACGGAAGCGCACAUGACCGUGGUGGGAAACUGCUUCUCGUUCGUGGUCAGUAAAUAUCCCGGAGGAGGAUGGAACGUCCUCAAGGUCCUGAUGUGGAUCCUCGCCAUCAUCACGGGCCUCAUCGCCGGCAAGUUCCUGUUCCAUCGACGCUUGUUCGGUCGUGUCCUGCGUCUGAAGAUGUUUCGUGAGGACCACGGCUCUUGGAUGACUAUGUUUUUCAGCACGAUUCUCUCACUCUUCAUCUUCUCUCACAUCUAUAACCUCAUUCUGCUCGUGAGUGGACGGAUGCGAAUACACAUCAGAUUAACACUAGAAACAGAUCUGUCGUGUCUCGAGACGUUUAUGGACAGCAUCUGUUCUUCAGUGGAUGACCAUGUGAUGAGAUUUGGAG